AAAAAGGGGUAAGUCUGUGUGUGAGAGAGAACCCACCAAAGCGUGCACGAGAGAGAAAAAGGGGCCAAGAAAAAAAGAAGAAGCAAAGCUUUGAUUUGUAUAAAAUCCCACCACUUGUCUUACCAUAUCUUCAUUACAUCUCUCUUUCUCUCUCUCGCUCUCAGUUUUAUGAGAUUGUUUCUUCUUUAAAGGUAUCUCAGGUUUUUUUCUUUAAAGUUUUCUUAUAGUUUGGUGAAUCUCUGUCGUACGUCUCCCCUCGUAAGAAAGAUAUAAGUUUUUAUGAACAAAAAUCCUUGAACCUUUUGAAGCCAAUUACAAGUUUUUCAAGUUUGGGGUUUGUCGAAUUUCAUCUCUUUGUAAACGAGAUAAGGAAUCUUCUUGCGUUGAAGCAAAAAAAAAAAAAAAACUUCAAUGGAAGGUUGUCCAAGAAACAGAGAAAUCUGUCCUAAACUUCUUGAUUUGAUUCCCCAAGGAAGAAAAUGGUACCAUGAAGAGAAGAACAACACAGAUCAGGAAAAGAAACUUGAGCUAAGGCUUGGACCACCGGGUGGUGAGGAAGAGGACCAUUCGACGAUGAAGAAGAAGAACACAGAAUCAAGAAACAACACCAAGAAGGAAUCAGAAGACAAAUCCAUCUUCAGUCUCAGCGGAAACCAUUUCUCUCCUUCCAACAAAACCACUUAUGCUCCUCACAUCUCUCAGAAAAGAACUGCUCCUGGUCCAGUGGUGGGUUGGCCUCCGGUUCGUUCUUUCAGGAAGAAUUUAGCAAGCACAAGCUCUUCAAAGCUCGGAAACGAAUCCUCUCAUGGAGGUCAAAUCAAUAAGAGUGGUGAUGGUGAAAAGCAAGUCGAACCUAAGAGGGAAGGAAUGUUUGUAAAAAUCAACAUGGAUAGUGUUCCGAUUGGUCGGAAAGUCGAUCUCAAUGCUUACAGUAGUUACGAACAGCUCUCUUUUGCCGUUGACAAGCUCUUUAGAGGUCUUCUCGCAGCUCAAAGAGAUACCUCUGGUGGUGAAGGAGAAGAGAAACCGAUCAUUGGUUUACUGGAUGGUAAAGGAGAAUUUACUUUAACUUAUGAGGAUAAUGAAGGGGACAAGAUGCUUGUUGGGGAUGUUCCUUGGCAAAUGUUCGUUUCAUCUGUGAAGAGACUGCGUGUGAUUAAAAGCUCUGAGAUUUCAUCUGCCUUGAGAUUUGGAUGCGGUAAGGAAGAAAAGAUGAGGAACUGAAGAAGAGACUUUUAGAGACUUCUAUUUGAGUCAGAGGGUCUCACAGUUUUUUACUUUUUAAUUGUACAUCUGUUUUUUGCUAUAUAUAAGAGAUAGUCAUUGGUUUUGUCCAGAGAGACAUUUGAUCUGAUCUGAUAUAUGUUCCCAUGUCUCCAAGAUACUCAACGAUGAGGUUAUAGAAGCGAUUUGUGUU